AUGGAAUCUCUCGAGCAGCCUGUGGAUCCUGGAGACCUCCUUCUUCUUCACGGGGGGGAACUUGUGAAUGAAGCCGGUGUUUCGACUUCUAUCCGCCCAUACAUGCUUCUUGUUGCCUCUAUCAAAGGUAAUUCCAACGACACGCCUACACCUGGCAGCCCUGUCAGUACAGUUGAUUCAGUCACCGUCUGCGGAUCACCUAUCUCUACCGACUCGCCCAAUAAGGUUGACCCUCGACUCGAUAUUUCAGUCAUCCAAGUUCGAAAAGUCCCUUAUGGAAUCACUUCCAAGAAUGGCUGCUGGACACUAGAUGGUCCCGAUGUCUACUACACCCCACAAGAGGGUGAGACCGAUUCCUCGUUUUUCUCCGAGCUACUCGGGAAGGACUUGAAGGAUGCUGAGGAGGAAAUCUGCGAUGAAGAUCUUAUGUACCCAAAACGGGCAUCUAUCGCCGACACACACUGUCUUGGAGACUUCAUGCCGCCUGGUGCAGGUGUAAAGCUGAUGAGCAAGUUCCAUGGCCGCGAUGCCUUACGCUACUAUUUCAACGGCUGUCCGUGCUGUAAUGGUACCACUUGGAUCUGUCCAGGGUGUGGUGGUAUAAGUAGGCUUUGGCCAGAUAUCUUUGCAAGCUGCGGUCGAGAUCAAGCAUGUCCCAUUUGCAUGGGUCUUGAUAUUGCAAUGGAGGAUAAGUCUUAUUUGGAUGAGCUUGAGAGACUUGAGGAUAUAAAAUCGGGACACUGUUCGGGCACUCAAUUUUCCGCUGAUGAUAUGGAUGAGGCAUUGAGUUUGGCGACUGAACGAUAUGAGGCCCUCGAAGCCAGACAUGAGGAAAUGGGACACUUGGGUCAUGAGAGUGCUGAAAAGAUGCUCCAGCAAUGGAAGGACGCUUUUUGA